AUGCAAGCAAAAGAAUUUAAUACACAACUCAAUUAUUUACUCCCAAAUUCCAAUCCAUCACCUUAUCCAUCAUCAUGCAACUACAACAUGUUCCAAAACACAAUCCAAACAUUCUCCAACCAACUCUAUGGUUUCAACCAAAACCCUAUUCUUCAAGACUUGAGUCCUCAAUCCUCAUGCAUAAGCAAUAACUCAACCUCCGACGAAGCGGACGAACAAAACAAAGGCCUAAUCAACGAGAGAAAGCAUCGGAGAAUGAUAUCGAAUCGCGAGUCAGCGCGCCGCUCGCGAAUGAGGAAACAAAAACACCUUGAUGAGCUUUGGUCACAGGUUGUUUGGCUGAGAAAUGAGAAUCGUCAACUACUAGAUAAGUUGAACAGUUUUUCGGAGUCUCGUGAUAGAGUUGUUCAAGAGAAUGUUCUAUUGAAAGAACAAGCUUCGGAGCUUCGACAAUUGGUUUGUGACAUGCAGUUGCAUAGUUCUUGUCUUCCUUUGAGUCCUCUUGAAGAUGUUCCUAGCAUCAACUCACCUCAUUUUGAAUCUGAUUCCGCAAACCAAACAAUUACAAGUUCUGUUGAUUUUUUAGGAUAA